AUGAGACCGACGCAAGUACUCUCCGUCGGUCGCUACCGACACAUCAAAGUCACGACAAAGGAUAUUGGCCGUGGCUUCUACAAGGGAAAUCGCACUGGAUCCAUGGGUCGUCAUACAAAAUACGGUGGUUACAUUAUCGAAUGGGAAAAAGUGCGCACCUACGCGGUUCCCCCCAACCUCAAAGACUUCAAGCUUACGCCGUUUGUAACCCGCGAGAUCCGAGUCGAACCCGGAGAUUACAAGGGACUCGAGAAGGGCCCUCAAGACCCCUACUUCUACGUCGAGCAGUGGAAGCGAUACAACGGCGUCGACUAA